UGGCAGUGCGCGGAGGCACAAACAGACCCUGAGGUUAACUUGGAAGGAGCUGAGGACGGCGUUUCACCAUGCAGAGAGGAUUCCCUUCAGAAUUUGAACUGUGAGGGGUAAAUCCUGGAGAAUCAGACACACCGUGCCAUACAUGCGCCGCGGGUGAUGGAGAUGUAAUCGUGCUGUCAUCAAGAAAAUGCGUCAACAUGAAAAGUCAAGUGUGAGCUGGAUUCUGAGGGGACAGGAGCGACGCAGCUUGAUUUCAACCUCACGCAACGUAUGAAUACUUCAGGAGACGCGCAUCACAGCAGCGCAUAGUGGAGAGGAAAAGGCGCACGGGAGCGCACAGGUACUUCCUACUGUAAUCCAAUCGGAUUAGCGAUUCCUCCUUCAACAUGGAUGGUUUCAACUGGACGUCGACAUCUGUGAACGUCACAGGGGCCUCCUCCAAGCUCCACCGCAACUACACCUACAACAAUUCCUCAGAGACGCAGGCGCCAAUGCCCUUCGGCGUGGUCACCGCUGUCAUCUACCCCAUCGUCUUCGUCGUGGGAUUUCUGGGUAACACGCUGGUCAUCUAUGUGGUGGUCCGCUACGCCAAGAUGAAAACUGUAACAAACAUGUACAUCCUCAAUUUAGCCUUGGCGGACGAACUCUACAUCUUGGGAAUUCCCUUCCUUGGGACUAACAGUGCACUUUCCUAUUGGCCAUUUGGGGAUUUCUUCUGCAAGGUGUACAUGACUGCUGACGCCAUGAGCCAGUUUAGCUCCACCUUUUGCCUAACGGUAAUGAGCAUUGAUCGCUACCUGGCCGUGGUUUAUCCUAUUCGCAGCUCCAAAUGGCGAAAGCCAAAGGUGGCCAAGGUGUUCAAUGGCAUGGUGUGGGUUGUGGCCUUCCUGAUCGUGCUGCCAGUCACUAUUUACUCGCAUGUACAGGAGAAUUUUGACACCUGCAACGUGACCUGGCCUGAUCCAACAGAUUUGUGGUCCAUUGUCUUCAUCCUCUACACAUCCAUCCUGGGCUUCUUUGGUCCGCUCCUUGUCAUCAGCCUCUGCUACCUGAUCAUUGUCAUCAAGGUGAGGUCUGCAGGUGUGCGUGCAGGCCUGACUAAGCGGCGGAGGUCGGAGCGCAAGGUGACGCGUAUGGUGGUGGUCAUCGUGUUGGUGUUUGUUCUUUGCUGGCUGCCCUUCUUUACUGCCAAUCUUGUCAACCUGGUUUAUAUCAUCCCUGAGACCAAUUCAAACGCCACAGUCUACUUCUUCCUGGUCAUCCUCACCUACGUCAACUCCUGUGCCAAUCCAAUCCUCUACGGCUUCCUCUCCGACAACUUCAAGCAGAGCUUCCAGAAAGUGCUCUGCUCCUACAAACCCAAUGGCGUUAGCACCACGGACCAGAUGAGAGGCAGACAAACCGCCACCAAGGCUGUCCAGAUGGAGGUUGUUGACUGCCGUGACGCGGAGCCUUUCACCUCAAAAACAGUAGUGAAUGGUCAGUGAAUACUGCGACCCGCCAUGUACCGGUGUGGUAACUACCACAUGGAGGUCAGACAGUUUACCCCUGGAUAUUUUAUUAUUCUGUACGUCCAGUCUUUAAUGCUAACCCUAACCCUUCCUCUCUGACUGGGACAUUUCUUGAAAAGGACCCGAGGAGAACCCUGGAGAGAAAACUUCUUACAGCGUUCAUCACUAAGCAUUUUUGUUUGUACUCUAUGGGCCUGAUCUACCAAGAUCCCAAAUAAAAAGUGCUAAAUUGCGUUUGAAUUAUAACAGAUCUCACGUUUGGUUGAUGGCCGCUGUGCGGGUGAUCUACUAACAAUAAUUGCGUAACUGAUAACAGGUGCAAACAUGGUGGAGGCAGUUAUAUAGUGUUUUGCGUGCGUUACUGGUUUCCGCCAUGGACUUUUAAGGAGAGCAGAGAUUCCAUGGAAUUGGAGGUGUUAGUGGAAGAGGCAAACAAACAUGUUGUUGAGCUACAGCAAAGAAAUAUUAACAACGCUGUGCUGAUUAGCACCUACCUUUCCAACAUUCUAAAUAUAGACGCAGUCACAAUCCCUGCAGUUAUUUUCAGGCUUUGUAAAUCACAUUGCAUGGGAUCAAUUAAACUAUUUGCAUCUACUCAUCCCAAUAUUUUGUGCCCUUGGGUUGAAACGCCCGAUAUUGCAUAUUCAUUAAGGCAAACGUACUAAAUGGACAGUUUGUGUUAUUCUGACACCGUUAGUAGAUAAGCUUGCAUGUUUUUUUGCGGGUGAAAUCAAGGUUUGCAUACGUUUUCCCACGUGCAAAUCUUUAGUAGAUCAGGCUCUAUGUGUUUGUACUGUUACCAUAUUGACUGCAUUGUAGGCCUCAAAGUGUGUGUAUUGAUGUAUGAUCUCAAAAGUCAUAAAAUCCUGGUCAUUCUCAAAAAGCUUUAGGUAUAACCAGACUUUUAUUGUGAAACAGGCAUUCAUUCAUUUUUGUAUUUGAUCACAUUUUAGUGAGAGUUCUUGUUGUCUGAUCUGCUUUGAUUUGAGAAUGUUCAUUAUUUCAUUUGACCUGCUACAACCAGAGAGAUCACUGUUCUGCAGGUUAUUGUAAAGUUGGUUGAAAUGUGUUGAGUGUCAUAACAAAUCUUUUUGGUAAUAUCUCCUGCUCUCUCACAUUGCUGACCACUGACAUUGGUGGAGGGAUCGUUUUUCCAUCCUUUGCAACAUGUCAUAUCCUCACUCACCAGUUAUCUGAGCUUGACUGGACCGUUAAGGCUGACAUUUCAUACCCACAUCAUUGGGAAUGUGCGGGACAACACUGUUGCGUCUCCAUAGUUGUAACUUGAGCCAAGAAAAGACCAAAUUUGAGCUCAUUCGAAAAGCUGGAAAUAGAGAUACGAGGUAUUUCUAUUUGAAACACUGUGUAUUUUAAAUUUGAUCAUUUUGAACAGACUGCGGAUUCAUGAUGCUCCUACAUAGUUUUGCGAUUAUGAAUUAUAAACAUCUGCUCAUGUUGCUUUAAUCCAACGCAGAACAAUGUCGGCUGCUGACAUGAAACACAGAUCAUUUAUUGUGCAUUCAUGUCUUCACUAAUGUCUUAGUUUGAUUUUGCCGUAAAUGUUUUCUGCAACACUUACCAGACGGAGGAAGAAGAUGAAGAAGUGUAUUUUUUUCCCAAUGAGCAGACAACUGGUAAAAAUGUUGAUUUACUUUGUGUUAUGACUUUAGGACUUAGACUUACCACCGAAAUAAAACAUUUACAAUCAGAAAAUCUGUUGCAAGCACAGAAUAGAGAGACGGUUUCCAGUUUCCAUGUGGGCUAACUUUUGUUUGUUGUUGGUGUUGGGGUUUUGUUUGAUUUUCCCCGGCAUAAUGAUAUAGCAAUGUUAAUAAAUGUUACAGUGUCAUUUAA